AUGCAAAAAAGUUCAAAAGGCGAGGUUGUACUAAGUGCUUUUCAAGCAAAUGCGGCCAGACUAAAUAAAAUUGAACAACGACGUUUAACAAGAGAAAUUACUUUUAUGAAUAAAGAUUUACAUCAACAAUUAGCUAAAAUAAGACGUCAAGCACAGACCAUGUUGUCACAUUAUCAAGAUGUUGUACGAUAUGUCAAGCCAAGUAAAACUCAACAUUGGAGAAUAAAUAAUGAAUGGCAGGACAAACCAUGGUUUAAUAGUCGUUCCAUGCCAAAUUUCAACAACAAACAAUUAAGUGAAAUUUUUCCUACACAACCGAGUGAACAACAACGUCCAUUGCUCAUUCUUCUCGAUCAAUUAAAGCCAAAGGAUGAACCACCCCCCAUUAAACCAACAGAAUUCCUUUGGAAUAGACCAAGAACUACACCAACUUUAAAUCGACAACACACAGCAGGGAAUCCACUUUUAUCCAUGCUUAGUCAAGCAGCGACAGGUACAACGAAAAAUCAAUUACAACAAAGUGUAUCAACAUCUUUACCAACACCGAAAAUGGUUCAUGGUACACUUGUGAUGCAGCAAGGUAUUCAAAAUUUAGAUGCGGCCUAUCGAAUGGCACUUCAAAAUCAAACGGCAUAUAGCACAGUGGAUCCUAAAAUUAUAGCUGAAAGAAAAUUGAUGGAUAAAGACUUUGCUGGUCAAUAUCGUGCUUUAGUCGGAUAUAGAUCAGCUUGCAUAAGUAAAUCGGCUUUAAAAUCAGCUAAAAGUACCAGCUAA